ACAGAAAUCAUUAGUUCAGUACAACAAUAGCAUCGAUUAACACAGUGAUUAAGAAAGAAAGAAACAGCUAAUUAAUCAGUCACUAAGCCAAACCAUGGGCAAGAACGCGAGCCGCCUCGCCGUCGCCGCCGUCGUCGUGUUCGCGCUGCUGCUGUCGCUCCGGCAGCUGGAGGCGGCCGACGACGUCUCCGUGUCGUGCUCCGACGUGGUCGCCGACGUGACGCCGUGCCUGGGGUUCCUGCAGGGAGACGACGACCACCCCUCCGGCGAGUGCUGCGACGGCCUGUCCGGCCUGGUGGCCGCCGCGGCCACCACGGAGGACCGGCAGGCGGCGUGCGAGUGCCUCAAGUCGGCCGUCUCCGGCCAGUUCACCGCCGUCGAGGCCGCGCCGGCGAGGGACCUGCCGGCGGACUGCGGCCUCUCCCUGCCCUACACCUUCUCGCCGGACGUCGACUGCUCCCAGAUUGAGUGAAGAGAACAAAUUAAAAGACAGUGUGUACUGUGUCUUGUGUGCUUGAACUACGUCGAGAUGAGACAUAAAUUCUCCUUUGUGUAUUUGUGUGUCAGCCCGUGUGCCAUUAUACUUUUUUGUCUUCUCCUUUUGUGCUAAUCUCUGUACUUAGUGUGUGCUAUUACUGUACUACUGUACUCCUUUUAGUAUUUGUGCCUGAGCUUUUAUGAUGAUGA